GACUCUGGAGUAGAGGAGGCUACGGACAGUGCAAAAAAGGAUCACAAGAUCAAGGGAGAGAAGAAAGUGGAGGUGGGCGAGUGGAUGGAUGAUCUGAUGGAGGGCUUUGCAGAGCUCUAUCGGUUGGCCAUCAGCGGCGGCCAGAGCUGCGGAGACUGUGUCCGCAAGACCACCUAUCCCAUCAAGGAAUCGAUCCUGGGCGCCUACGAUGGCGUCUCAGCUCAGGUGAACCCAACGACUGGUGCCCGCGCUGCGGCCGGACGUUCUGCUGCAGCACCAACCUUUCGACACGAGUAG